UGCUACCAUGCCCAUUAAUUAUUUAUCCAAAAAUUACAAAGUAGCCCCCCGCGAGCAUGGAGUAGUGGUAAAGCAGGAGGGUAUACACGGAGCAUCGAAGGUUCGAUUCCCAGCACAGAUAAAGUCACGGCGCACUCUGCCGCCCCUCCGAGAGUCCCGUCCGCACGACAUAAAGGGGGGUCCAUGGGAAGAUAACCGUUCUUGAAUGUCCGGCCUAAGUGUGUAUAAGCUGUGACUGCAUCCGAUUUUUACCUAAAUGGUAAACCAAGGGGGAAGGCCGCCACUGUGAGGAUUUGGUGCUAUAUAGGAGGGUCCCAAGGGCUCGUCACUGGGCGCAGUUCCCACAGUGUCCUAAAAAAACAAAAAAUUGCAUAGUAAUAUAAAGAUCUCAAAUGCUGGCUUGGAGAACAAGGGAUAGGACAGGUGGCAUUUGAUAUUUGCAUAAUCAAUGUGUGGAUGAGACCCUCCAUCCGUCAACUUCCCAAGCAUCAAUUUAAAUACCCUCCCCUUUCUUCACUUUCUCUUCAGUUUCAACUCAUCCCUUCUUCUUCUACUACUCCAUUUCCGAAAAAUGACCACACAGGAAGAGUCAUCCAUUCUCCAUCUCAUCAGCCAACACCUCCUCGGAGACUUCACCUCCACCGAUUCCUUCUUUGCCACCCUCAACCUUUCCGAUAUCCUCCUUUCCCAACCCGAUAUUUUUCCCGAAAUGCCCGAAAUUUCGGUCCCCCAAUCGGAUUCCCCCUCCCUCAUUUCAACCCCAACGCUAGUUACAGACGAAGACUCCCUUUUCUUUGAAUUCAAAACCAAGCCCGAAAUCGUCCCCUUCGCCUCGCCGAAACGCGAUAUUCCGGGCUCGCCGUCGAGCCCUCCCGACCGCAAACCCAUUUUACAGAUCUCUGUUCAAAGCCGGAUCGGAGAUCCCCAAGCUACGUCACAUCAAGAACCGGUUUUGAAGAGCUCCAAUCAGAACCGGAAGAGAAAAUAUCGGGCCGAAACGGACCUUGAGCCGGAGUUGGACCGGGGCUGUCUGGACUCUAACGACGGGAGGCACUACAGGGGCGUUAGGCGCCGGCCGUGGGGGAAGUUCGCGGCGGAGAUACGGGACCCGAAGCGGAGAGGAUCUAGAGUUUGGCUGGGAACGUUUGACAGCGCCGUUGAUGCUGCGAAGGCUUAUGAUUUCGCCGCCUUCAAAAUGAGGGGAUCGAAGGCCAUUUUGAAUUUUCCUCUGGAGGCAGGAAAGAAUUCUGACCCGCCGGCGAACAGCGGCCGGAGAAGAAGGAGAGAGAAGAGAGGAGUCGCCGGUGUUGAUGCCGUCGAUUUAGGCGACGGUUGACGGUGGUAAUGGUGCUGCGUUCGACGUAAGCGUUGUGCCGCCAUAAUCUCCACCGUCACACUGUUUCCCUCAAGGAUAAGUAUUCAAGAGACAAAACAAAAGAGAAAAAAACGUGUGUGAAUAUUAUGUACAUAAAUAGGAGUGGCAAAACGGGUGGAUAAAAGUCCGUUUAAAUCAUAUUCGGGUUGAGUAUAUGGUGACGUGUUUAUAAAUAGAUUAGACAGUUUUGGAUUGGGUA